AUGUUGCACUUCAGUAUUGGAAUAAGUUUUAUUGUUUUGAUAUCGGUAGUUUAUGGCAGUACUACCAAUGAUAGCUGUCAGGCAGGUUGGUCGAAACCGAUUGAUUGUCAUAUUACUGUGGGUACUGCAUGCAAGGACGCAACAUUCCACUUGAAUUUACCAGAAAUGAAGGAUUGUGAAAAACCUGAAAUAUUUUGGGAUGCUCCAACUAAUAAUUUGACAAUUGUGUUUGAGCGAGAAAUGUCGGGCAAACCUUAUAAUCUUUGCAUUGAGCCGGUUUUCUGUUUGAAGAAUGCUUGGUAUCAUGAUGAAUGGACAGGCAGACAAAUUCGAAUUUCAUUUCUAACUGGAUCUGACAAACCAACAUGUUUUCGUAAUCGUAAAGGUACAAACACAAUGAAAUUUACAUUUGAUGCUGGAUCGGAAUGGCAGUGCUACGGCACAUUUAUUCGAUAUUCGUACAAAAAUUAA